UUUAAUCAUUUUAUGGUGUGUACUAAAAAAAUGUAGCAUUAUUUAAAUUUGAAAAACAGCUAUCUAAGUGUGGAGAUGCGGCUGCUCUGCCGCCACCAGCGACGGCGACUAUAUUCGAGUUCUAUAAACACGGCGGCGGAGUCUUGCUCUCCCCUCCAACUCUACACCCGCAUCGACUCUUUUUCCAUCCUCUCCGCCCUCAAAUCCUCCACCAGCCUCCCCCACACCCGCCACCUCCACGCCCACCUCCUCAAACUUGGCUUCUCCGCCCACCUCCACGUCGCCACCUGCCUCCUCUCCCUCUACGCCCCCGCCCAAUUCUCCGACGCCCGCCUUAUGUUCGACGAAAUGCCCCAACGCAGCCCCGUCACUUGGAACAUCAUGAUCACCGCCCACUCACGCCGCGCCCAAAUCAGAGCCGCCCGCCACAUGUUCGACGAAAUGCCCCAACGAAACCAAUCCUCCUAUUCCUCCAUGAUCGCCGCCUACAUCCACAACUCCCUCCUCCACGACGGCCUCUCCCUCUUCCGCCUCAUGACGACCACCGCCGUCACCGCCUUCGCCCCUGACGAGCUAACCCUCGGCCCGAUCCUCUCCGCCUGCGGCCGUCUCUGCUCCGUCGGAUUGCCCUUAGGCAAAUCCACCCACACAUUCAUUAUAAAAAACAAAUGGCACCUCAACGCCGAGCUCGGCGCCUCGUUGGUCGACAUGUACGCGAAAUGCGGUGCCCUGACGAGCGCCGCGACCGUAUUCGCCGCGAUGAGGGACGCCAACCGCAACGUGGUCUCGUGGACGUCCCUCAUCUGCGGCGCCGCGCAGCACGGGCGCGGCCAGGACGCCCUGGCCGUGUUCGAGCAGAUGAGGGAAUCCGGGGUCGAGCCGAACGACGUGACGUUCACAGGCGUCCUGACUGCGUGCGUGCGGGCCGGGAUGGUCGACGAGGGCCGGAGGUGUUUUAGGAUGAUCAGACGGCCGAAAAUUCAGCACUACGGAUGCAUGGUGGAUCUGUAUGGCAAGAAAGGGCUUUUGCAAGAGGCGUACGAGGUGAUCGAAACGAUGCCGUACGAGGCGAACGCGGUCGUUUGGGGCUCGUUUUUGUCGUCGUGUAUGUUGCAUAAGGAGAUGGGAGUGGUUGAUAGAGUGGUGGAUAAGGUGAUGAGUGUGAUAAGGCCGGAUAAGGAUGGAGGGGUUUACUCACUUUUAUCUCAGUUGUAUUUGUUAAGUGGGAGAGUGAGUGAAGCGGAAGGGAUAAGGAGGUUGAUGGUUGCACAAAAUGUGAGGAAGAUUAGGGCUUCUAGCUUCAUUAAUUAACCACUUUUUUUUUACAAAAUAUCUGUCACUAUCUUCAUAUUGUCAUGUACAAUAUCUUUGUUUUUUUAUAA